AAGAAGAAGAAGAGGGAUGCAUAUCCAUCGAAGCUCUGGACACUAGUGUAUAAUAAUAAUAUCGAUUGUUUUGAAACCUAUUAUGAUGGUUGGAACCAUGGCUUCGUAUUCAAGAGAAAGGCUUGAACGUCUUGCGAGUUCCGCCAAAUCAGCCACUGAAUUGCCUCCGAAGCUGCAACGCUUACGCAAUUUGCACCGGGAUUUGCAAAAGGACGAAUCCGUUUUUCCCACCGAGCUGCUUCCUCACCUUUUCGAUCUUCUCUCCGAUCAAUUCGGUGCUGUCCGCAAGUUUGUCGCCGAGAUCCUUGGUGAAGUUGGAUUGAAAUAUGUGGACUUAUUACCUGAAAUAGUACCGCUUUUAAUUAAGUCUCUCGAAGAUGAGACACCAGCUGUGGCGAGGCAGGUCAUUGCUUGUGGAGUUCAUUUAUUCCGUUCCACCCUCGAAAGAGUGGCAGUUCAGGGUUUGCAUUCUAGUGAGUUGAAUGAUCUUCUUGAAUCUUCGUGGACAUGGGUGAUUAAGUUCAAGGAUGAAAUAUGCUCAUUGGCUUUCAAGCAAGGAAAUAGUGGUGUAAAAUUAUGCGCUAUGAAAUUUGUGGAAGCGCUUAUCCUCUUGUAUACUCCUCAUGAAGGAAUUGAAGCAGAUUUUAAUAUAUCUAUUCUUCGUGGGGGUCAUCCUGUUUUGAAAAUUGGAGACUUGUCGAUUGAGGCCAGCCAGAAAUUGGGUUUACUGCUUGAUCAGCUUAGGCACCCUGCAGCAAAAUCUCUAAAUAGCUCGACAAUUAUUGUUCUCAUCAAUAGUCUUUCAUCAGUUGCAAAGAAACGUCCUGCAUACUGUGGACGAAUUCUACCUGUUCUACUGAGCUUGGAUCCCCUAAGCUUUCUCAAAGGAGUGCAUGCUGCAUCAGCAAAUCUUGCCUUGAAGACUGUAUUUCUCUCCUGCUUGAAAUGUACACAUCCCGCUGCUGCACCGUGGAAGGACCGGUUGAUCAGUGCUCUUAAAGAGAUAGAAGGUGGAGGUCGGGCAGCCAAAGCGAAAGAUCUCUUUUACAAGACUAACGGAAGCAUUCAGGACAAAGAUAGUGUAGAGGAUACCAAGGUAUCAAUGGAAGAGAAUCCUCUCUGUGCAAGUUCUGAUGUUGCAGAAAGUAACUUAAGUAGGAAAAGAUCUGGAUCAGAAUACAAUAGUGAUCUAAAUGGAGAUGCUUCGGAUGGAAAACGUGCAAGAAUAACACCUUCUGUGUCAGAAGAAUCCACUGACGGAUUAACUGGUAAUGAUGGUGGCUCUCUACCUCGGGUUGCUUCUACCUCGACCGGACCAAGUGAUAGCAGAGGAGUGAGUGAUACUGGACCUGCUCAGCAGCUAGUUGGUUUGUUUGGAACCUUGGUUUCUCAGGGUGAAAAAGCAAUUGGAUCUUUGGAGAUUCUUAUUUCAAGUAUUUCGGCGGAUUUACUUACUGAUGUUGUGAUGGCUAAUAUGCAUAAUAUUCCAUCAAAUGGUUCUUCUUAUGCUGAUGGCACCGAUGAGUUGGUGAUGAACAUGUGUAUAGUUGGCAGUGAUGCACAAAUCAAAUAUCCACCAUCAUUUGUAGCGGGUGUCCUUUCACUGUCAACCGCAUUCCCACCAAUUGCUGCCCUGAUAAAUCCUCACAAUGAAGAUGAGGAAGUCUAUUCUGUUCAUGUGGACCAGCAAAUGUUUCCAGCUGAAGAUGCAAGAACUCCACCUGGCUUAUUAGCUUCCUCUGAUACUUCUUUUCCAGAAAAUGAAGAAAGCAAUACUGUGUCUCUACAAAAUGUGCAUUACAUAGGGAAUAGAGAAAGUGGAAUACCUGGACUGGAAUCUUCUGCUCAACAUGAUGUAUCAGGAGCCCUUGUUACUAAUGUAUUGAGUUCUACGAAUAUGGAGGCUGCAAGCAAAAAUCAAAAUGCGAGUUUCAGUGGAAAACUUCUUGUCGAUGUAAUUCCCUCAAUGUCUGUGGAUAAGUCGGAGGAAUUUAGUCCAAAGGCGGUUGGCACAGGUUCUACCAGCUUGGUUUUGUCAACGGCAACUUCAGUUGCUUCUGCGCCUCAGUUUGUCUUGCCUAAGAUAUCAGCACCUGUUGUCGACCUUUCUGAUGAAGAGAAAGACAGUUUACAAAAGCUAGUGUUUUUGCGCAUUGUUGAAGCAUAUAAGCAAAUAUCAAUGUCUGGUGGCUCACAACUCCGCUUUUCUCUUCUUGCUCAUUUAGGAGUUGAGUUUCCUUCAGAGUUAGACCCUUGGAAAAUAUUACAGGAGCACGUUCUCUCGGAUUAUUUGAAUCAUGAGGGACAUGAGUUGACUGUGCGGGUUCUUUACAGGCUAUACGGGGAGGCAGAAGCAGAACAAGAUUUCUUCUCUUCAACUACUGCUGCAUCGGCAUAUGAAAGUUUCUUGCUGACUGUGGCUGAAGCACUAAGAGAUUCUUUUCCACCAUCUGACAAAUCUUUAAGUAAAUUGCUUGGAGAUUCUCCACAUCUGCCAAAAUCAGUUCUGAAGCUGUUGGAAUCGUUUUGCUGUCCUGGAAGUAGUGAAGAAGUUGAGAAGGAUUUACAAUAUGGAGACCGUGUUACUCAAGGUCUCAGUGCUGUUUGGAGCCUGAUUUUAAUGAGACCUGGAAUCCGGAAUGACUGCCUGAAUAUCGCUUUGCAGAGUGCUGUUCAUCACUUGGAAGAGAUUCGCAUGAAAGCAAUCCGCCUGGUGGCAAACAAGCUCUAUUCUUUAUCAUUCAUUACACAACAGAUUGAGGAAUUUGCAAAGGAUAGGCUAUUUUCCGUCGUAAGUUGCAUUUCUUCAGAGAGAGGAGAUGCUGAAACACGGAUUGAUGAUUGUAAUAAGAAGGAUCUUGAUCUGAAAAGUCCACCAAAUAAACUGCAGCACGUUAUUAGUGGUACGGGUAAGGAGAUGCCCUCCGAAGCAACAUCAUCAACUUCAGUUACUGAAGCUCAACGCUGCUUGUCACUCUAUUUUGCUCUCUGUACAAAGAAGCACUCCCUUUUUGUUCAUGUGUUCAGUAUUUACAAGAAUGCAUCAGAUCCUGUUAAGCAGGCUAUUCAUCUUCAAAUCCCAAUACUAGUUCGUACUAUGGGCUCAUCCUCUGAGCUUCUUAAAAUUAUAGCAGACCCACCAAGUGGGAGUGAGAACCUUCUAAUGCAGGUUCUUCAAACCCUCACCGAGGGGCCCACGCCUUCUUCAGAAUUGAUACUUACUAUACGAAAGUUGUUUGAUACAAGAAUAAAGGAUGUAGAAAUUCUUUUCCCAAUUUUGCCAUUCCUGCCUAGAGACGAUGUUCUACGUAUUUUUCCCCAUAUGGUGAAUCUUCCUAUGGAGAAAUUUCAAGUUGCACUCUCUCGUGUGCUGCAGGGAUCAUCUCAGUCUGGCCCAGUGCUUUCUCCAUCUGAAGUUUUAAUUGCUAUCCAUGGCAUUGACCCAGCAAGAGAUGGAAUACCACUUAAACAGGUCACAGAUGCAUGCAAUACCUGUUUUGCACAGAGGCAGACAUUCACUCAACAGGUUUUAGCCAGCGUUCUGAAUCAGCUGGUCCAGCAAAUUCCACUGCCAAUGUUAUUCAUGCGUACAGUUUUACAAGCUAUCGGUGCUUUUCCAGCUCUGUCGGACUUCAUCCUGGAGAUCCUUUCUCGUCUCGUUAGCAAACAGAUAUGGAAAAAUCCGAAACUGUGGGUUGGGUUUUUGAAAUGUACACAGACAACACAGCCUCAAUCAUACAAGGUCUUACUACAGCUUCCUCCACCUCAACUGGGAAAUGCAUUGACUAAAAUCCCGGCCUUAAGAGCUCCGCUAACCGCACAUGCCAGCCAGCCAGAGAUUCAGUCUUCACUUCCAAGGUCUACAUUGGCUGUUCUUGGACUUGUCCCUGAUUCUCAAGGAACACAAACGAGCCAAGUGCAAGUGAAUGAGACACAAACGAGUCAGGAACAGCAGCAAGAGCAAGCAAGCGAGUCACAGCAAACGAGCCAGUCUCAGCAAGUUUCUGUGCCAUUGAGUGACUCUCAAGUAGAUCACCAGGAACCCAGUCAGACCCCUCAAGUGUCAGACUCGAGUGCUCCAGCACCAACAAGCCAUACUCAGACAUCAGAUCCUCAAGCGUCAAGCCAGACACAGCGUGAUGAUGAUGAUGAGAAGAUAGAUGACACAGCAACCUCGGCAAACGAGGUACUUGAAGUUGAUCGAAGUGCUAAUGACGACGAGCUUAAGAAAGCUUAUCGCAAACUCGCCAUGAAAUGGCAUCCUGAUAAGAACCCUAACAACAAAAAACAAGCCGAAGCUAAAUUCAAGCAGAUCUCUGAAGCUUACGAUGUUUUGAGUGAUCCUCAAAAACGAGCAAUCUACGAGCAAUACGGAGAAGAAGGUUUAAACCAAGCGGCCCCACCUCCCGGUUCUGGUGGUUAUCCUGGAGGAUCAGACGCCGGAGCUUCUUUCCGGUUCAAUCCCAGAAGCGCUGAUGAUAUCUUCUCCGAGUUCUUUGGUUUCACAAGGCCUUCUUUUGGUUCGGGAAGCGACUCACGCGCUGGACCUUCUUUUAGGUAUGGCGAUGACAUCUUCGCUUCCUUCAGGGCUGCUACUACCGGAGGAGAAGCCUCCAUUCCUCCGAGGAAAUCUGCUCCUAUUGAGAGACAAUUGCCUUGUAGCUUGGAGGAUUUGUAUAAAGGAGUCUCCAAGAAGAUGAAGAUCUCUCGUGAUGUUCUUGACUCUACCGGGAGGCCAACACCGGUUGAGGAGAUCUUGACGAUAGAAAUCAAACCCGGUUGGAAAAAAGGAACAAAGAUUACCUUCCUGGAAAAAGGUAAUGAGCAUCGUGGAGUCAUUCCGUCUGAUCUCGUUUUCAUCGUAGACGAGAAACCGCAUCCCAUUUUCAAACGAGACGGGAAUGAUCUUGUGGUAAUGCAAAAGAUCUCUCUAGUGGAAGCUCUCACAGGUUACACUGCACAGGUCACUACCCUUGACGGAAGAACCAUAACAGUUCCGGUAAACAAUGUGAUCAGUCCGUCGUACGAAGAGGUGGUGAAAGGCGAAGGCAUGCCAAUCCCUAAAGAUCCGUCAAGAAAAGGAAACUUGAGAAUCAGAUUCAUCAUCAAGUUCCCUUCGAAGCUAACCACUGAGCAGAAGUCAGGGAUCAAGCGGAUGUUAUCACCUUGAAUGUCCAAGAUUGAAGCAUCUCGUUUCAGUUUUUUUUUUUUUUGUAUCAAUCUGCUAGCUUUUUGGAAUCUUUUAGAAGCAGAAUAUGUGCUUAUGGGUUUUUUAUUUAUUUUUUGUUAUAUUUUGGUAAAGUUUUAAGGGAAUUGUGAAACGAUGCCGGUUUACUUAGUGAUGACUGACUAGUGAAGUAAGUUUCUCCUUAAUACCGUCGUCUCUUUGCUAAAGCUUCAAUAUUUAGUUUAAUAGUAAACAUUGUCAACAGAU